CAUGAAGACAUUUACCAAUGGAACCGUACGGUAUCGACGAACGAAGGAGAUACGGAGAAGGAACAUUACUUGCCCAAUUGGACCGAUCUUAUUCUAGCAGGAUUGUUCACGAUAUUAAUUAUUGUUACAAUAGUUGGCAAUACUCUAGUGAUUGCGGCUGUAAUUACCACAAGGAGAUUACGAUCUGUGACUAAUUGUUUUGUGUCUAGCUUGGCUGCUGCGGAUUUGCUAGUCGGUCUAGCGGUUAUGCCACCGGCUGUCCUGUUACAGCUUACAGGAGGGACUUGGGAGUUAGGCGAAAUACUGUGCGAUUUCUGGGUUUCCCUUGAUAUUCUACUCUGCACAGCCAGCAUUCUCUCGUUAUGCGCCAUUUCUAUAGACAGAUAUUUAGCCGUAACUCAGCCGCUGAUAUAUAGCCGUCGACGUAGAAGCAAACGUCUGGCUGGGUUGAUGAUCGUCGCGGUAUGGAUUAUGGCCGGCGCAAUAACGAGUCCUCCUUUACUGGGUUGUUUCCCACGUGCGACGAAUCGGAACAUCAAAAAGUGCUCCUACAAUAUGGAUUCCUCCUAUGUAAUAUUCUCGGCGAUGGGCAGUUUCUUCCUGCCUAUGUUAGUAAUGCUGUAUGUAUACGGCAGAAUUUCAUGUGUCAUAGCAAGCAGACAUAGAAAUCUGGAAAAAACCAAUGAGAGAGAGAAUAUCCGAUCACGUCAUAAAAUCACGAUUGAUCGUGGCAGAAGCAUCAAGGCACAACGUACGGAUUAUACCGAAAGCAAUGUGACAUGCGACAGACCAUCCGAGGAUACCGAACUAACAAAUAUGUGCAAAAAGUUGAGUACAAUUCGAGGUAAUCAGCAAAGCUGCAUUAACAGGGUCGCUAGGGAGACGAAAACUGCGGGCACCCUGGCAGUGGUUGUAGGUGGUUUCAUCGCAUGCUGGUUGCCGUUUUUCAUUCUGUAUCUGGUAACACCCUUCAUACCCGUACAACCGCCGGAUGUUCUCAUGCCAGCCUUGACAUGGCUAGGAUGGAUUAAUUCAGCCAUCAAUCCGUUUAUUUACGCUUUCUAUUCGGCAGACUUCAGACUUGCCUUCUGGCGACUAACAUGUAGGAAAUGUUCGAAGAGUAGACUAAACUUGGAUGGCACAAAUCGGAAAUUACCCGCUUCGGUUAACUGGAAGAAAGAUAUGUCGAGGACGUGA